AUGGGCCUCAUGUAUCCAAACGGCUACACCCAGCCCGCUCGGGAGUGGGCGAUGAACAACCUCCAUGAAGAAGUACGCAAGAAACCGGACCAAAACAAAGUCAUGAAGGUCAUCGAUCACGAUCUACCGGACGACAACUCCAACCGCAAGAUGGUCGGUUUGAGCUGGUGGAAGGUCUUCCCCAAGCAGCGCACGCAAGCUGAUCUGGACGCUGAAGCGAAGGAGUCGAAGGAGAGGGGAAUGCCGCCGGAUGCUAAUCAUGCUCUGUUGGAAGAGUUUCGUGGCAAUAUCAUGGAUUACAAGAAGGAGAUACUCGGCACGCAGCCGUACGUGUUGCUGAGUAUCCUCGCGGUCGUGCCGGAGUAUCAGCGGAAAGGCGUCGGAUCGAUAUUGCUUGACUGGGGGUCAAAGCAGGCUGAUGAGCUGGGUCUUCACUCUUACCUUGAAGCAAGUCCAAUGGGAAGACCGCUGUACGAGAGGAAGGGGUAUGAGAAGGUGCGGGAGUUUGAAUUUGAUGCUCGCAAAUGGGGACAUCAUGAAGAUAUUGAGCAUGUGUGUAUGCUGCGACCUGCACGUGAUGCAAACGGAAAGGCAUAG